ACCCUCACAAAGUCGCAAUCAUGCCUUCAGGUCAAGGAGCUGGUACGAACCCCAUCCACAACAAGAAGCCGAAAAAGGCCGCAAAAGGCGAGGAGGAUGAGGAGGACAAGGCUUUCAAGUUGAAGCAGGCGGCUGAUAAGAAGGCUCGUGAGGAGUUGGCGAAAAAGGCGGGUGGAAAGGGACCGAUGAAUACUGGCAACCAGGGGAUCAAGAAGUCGGGGAAGAAAUGAGAGGGCUGUGAGGACUGGGAGAUGUGCGGAAGUCAGCGAGUUUUGGAAAGAGGUCGGUGGAGAAGAGCACAUGCGCGAGCGAAAUGGAGAACGAGCAGGCGGAUACCACGUUUUGCAUAAGAUACCACCACCAAACAACCGGGAAUUUCGGCAGACGGGGAACCGUCGCUGCAGGCAGUCAGACAACGUCGACUAAAUGUCGUUCAGCGACCGCGAUCCUCUGGCCUUGACUUUUAUACACGCCUGCGUGCGCACAUUGAGUUCCUGCAUUCACUUUUACCAUUUCUUCUCCUCCCG